UCAGCUCAGUUUCGUUUCGGCAAUCAUUCGGCAAACACACAGAGAACUGAAUUAGAAUGGAACACGCUCGACUUGGGCUAUUGCUGCCGUUGCUCCUGCUGCUGGCAGCCUACACGGUGGCUGGCGCUGCCGUGUCGCAUCCUUUUGCCACCAACUACACCACUGACAUCCUGCGGCUGGCCAAGGCGGCCCACAUCAAGGCCUACAUGGGCGAGGAUCAGCCAGAGGCGUGCGAUAAUUUUUACGAGUUUGCGUGCGGCAAUUGGCCGCGUCUGCAUCCGGCCCGGGUCCACAAAAAGCGCACCAACUAUCUGGAGGAGCUGCAGGAGCUGUACAUCCGCAAGAGCGCCGAUAUGCUGAAGAGUUCGGCGCGCAGUGCCGACAGCAGUGCGGAUCGCAUCCUUAAGAAUUUCUUCAACUCGUGCUGCCUGCAGGCGAAUGACACGCGAUCCGCUCUGACGGCUGCCCUGCUGCAGGCGACGGACUUUCGCGGCGGCUGGCCAGAGAUUCGGGUGCCCUCGUGGUAUCAGUACGAGUACGACUGGCUCAAGGUGGUCGCCACACUGAAGCGGCAGCUAGGCGUGGACAUAUUCAUCGGUCUGGAUGUGAUAGUCGACUACAAGGAGGAGCGUAUGCAUCGCAUUAAGCUGGGCGCCCCCGAGCUGCCACUGGGCCAGCGGCGCCACUAUCUGGAUGGACGCCAUCAGGGCCAGCGGGAUCUCUACAGGCGUUCGAUUGAGCAAAAACUGAAGUUCUACUUCCCCGAACAGGCCAAGCAAUGGCGCAAGGAGGUCGCGGCGCAGGUGCUCAACAUUGAGGAGCAGCUGGCCAAGGGCUUGCCCCACAAUCCGGCGCUCACACUGGAGCAGACGACACGCCAGCGUACGGCGGCCGAUAUGAAGUCGGCGUAUGGCAGCUAUGUGGACGUCAGUCGCUACCUGCAGCUCAUCUUCAGCGACACGCUGUAUGUGGAUAUCUACGAGACGCCGGAGGAUUAUCUGUCCAAUCUGGUGGACGUCAUACGGGCCACGCCCAAGCUGCAUCUGGCCAACUACACCAUCUGGCGUACGCUGGACACGCUGGCUGCGGCAAGCGUGCCGCAGUCUGUGCAGCCCGACAUCUGGUGCAUCAAGCUCACGCAGCGGCAUUUCCCCCAGCAGCUGGAGAGCCUGUUCCACCGGAACUACAACAACAUGCAGAUGAUCAACGAACUGCAGUCCACGUGGACGGAUAUCAAGCGGGUCUUUCGCGAGGAUCUGCAGGCAUCCGAGCGGCUGCACUGGCUCAGCCAGGAGACGCGACAGAAGGCCAUCGGCAAACUGGAGUCGCUGCAGCUGCAGUUUCGGGCGCACGACGAUGUCCAGCUGAUCCGCAAGUUGCAUGGCCUGCAGGUGGAGGCCAAGCGCUUUUAUCCGAAUCUGCUGGCGGUGCUGCAGUGGGAGACGCAGCGCAAGUUGGCCAAGCUAAUGCAGGAGCCAGUGCCCGAGGAUCUGGUGGCGCACAAGCUGCCGCACUACGAGCUGAAGAGCAACAAAAUUGAGGUGCCCAUCACGUUCCUGCAGGCACGCUUCUUCUGGGACCCGGCCUAUCCGAAUGCCCUCAAAUACGGCACUCUGGGCGUGCUGCUUGCCCGCCAAAUGCUGCACGGCUUCGAUGCGGUGGGCAGGCGCUACGACGGGCAUGGCUAUCAGAACAAUUGGUGGGACGCCACCUCCGAGAGCUCGUUUGCACGACGCGCCCAAUGCUUCCAGGAGCAGUACGCCAUCUUUGUGCAGUAUCGUGAGAAGCCGGUGCAGGACAAGCAGCUGCUGCGUCGCAUUGUCGCCGACAACGGGGCCCUGGACAUUGCCCAUCGGGCCUACACCAAGUGGCUAAUGAAUUCGGCCGAAACGACGGCCAUCUAUCAGCGGGAGCGACUGCCCCUGCUGGAUCACUCGCACCAGCAGCUCUUCUAUCUGGCCUACGCGCAGCUGUACUGCUCCGACUAUCCCGAGACUCUGGAGCGGUACGAGGAGCUGCCCGAACAGCUGCGCAUCAAUGCGGCGCUGUCCAAUUCGCAGCAGUUCGCCAAUGCCUACGGCUGCCCCAGCGGCUCCACGCUGAAUGCCCGCUUCAAGUGUACCCUUUAUUAGAGCGCGAAACAUCGUAGUAUCCACAUAUCUAUCUAUCUAUUCCAUUCCAACACUCCUAGACAGAGAUCACAAAAAAGAGUUUUAAGG